AGAGUGAGAGAGCGAGAGAGAGAGAGAGAGCGAGAGAGAAAGAGAGAGAGCACCACGCAAGCGCUUAAACCGAUUGGACACCCAAUUUUCGGUGGGUGUCUCUCCAGCUCUCCUCCACACUUUGAGUGGAGCUGUGCGCUGUGAUUUUCGAAGGCCCCCGGCGGUGCAGCGGGGCAGACAUUCCGUGGAUUAUCAUCAGCGAAGACAAAUGGGGAAAGAGGACAUCGCCGCGUUGAUGCCGUAGUCGCCUUUUACGCAUCCGUUUCCCAGCUGCUGCUUAGAAUACAUGCACAUCUGAUUGAAUACAAAUAUAUAGAGAGAGAGAGAUAUAUAUGUAUAUACCUGCUGCUUAUCACCACCGCACGCCAAAUCUCUUCAGAUAAGAUAGUGAUCGGGGUGGUGUCGGACAGGGAUGAGAGGGAGGCGGUGGAUGAGGUGACUAUGAGGUGUGCUUUUUUUGGAAAAGCCGGAGAAAGACGUACGCCGAGUUGGUGCGCUGCUGUUCGGGAGCCUGCGACGCGAUGCCCUCCUGAGAAAAGGGGGGAAGAAAUGGCCUAGUUAGAGCCUCGAAGACAGAGGAUAAGAAGAAGAUGAACAAGAAACACACUUGAAUGGACGGGGAAUCGUCAUUACCGCCGCUGUCGUCAUCAUCACUUUAAUCCCAAGAUAUACGUCUCACUGACUGCAGCUCUGGAUCAACAGAGUGGUUCUGUAAAGAAAGGCAGAUGACACUGCAGAGUCUACCUGAGAAUGCUACGUGACCCUAAACAUUACCAUGCUGGCCUAGGACAACGGUCCUUUGUCACAGUGUCCCUGGUCUUUUUGCCUUUGUUGUCCACUUUAGCUCCUUGAAUUAGUCCCUGACUACACCCAGCCAAGUACAAGUCAUCUUAAACGGACUCUUUAUUUUGGACAUGUUGUUUUUUGCUUUCAGUACUGCCAGCCACUGCUGUUAUGGUUGGAAGCAUCAUUACACCUCACAGCAAAUGGCUAAUCUUUGCAUGGUGUGGCUUUUGGGACUGGCCCUACACUUUACCCUUUCCUCAUGCCAACGGGUCGAUCUAAAAUACCCCACAGUGGCCACAGGCUACGGGAAGGUCCGUGGAAUACGAAAAGAGCUCAGCAACGAGAUCCUGGGUCCAGUGGAACAGUUCUUAGGUGUGCCAUACGCCACUGCACCCGUUGGUGAACGUCGCUUUCAGCCUCCUGAAGCUCCUGGUUCCUGGCAGGAGAUCCGCAACGCCACCCAGUUUGCUCCAGUCUGUCCCCAGAAUGUGCACGGAGUUUUACCGGAGAUCAUGUUACCAGUGUGGUUUACAGACAAUCUUGAUGCCGCAGCGAACUACGUUCAGAACCAGAGCGAGGACUGUCUUUACCUCAACAUAUACGUACCCACGGAAGAUGGUCCACUCACAAAAAACCACGACGAGUCUACAAUGAACAGACCGAGGGAUGAAGAUAUUCGGGAUCGUCGUAAGAAGCCGGUCAUGCUGUUCAUCCAUGGAGGCUCAUACAUGGAGGGCUCUGGGAAUAUGUUUGAUGGCAGCAUCCUCGCCGCUUAUGGAAACGUCGUUGUCGUCACGAUGAACUAUCGGCUGGGCGUGCUCGGCUUCCUGAGCACCGGGGACCAAUCUGCAAAGGGGAACUAUGGUCUGCUGGACCAGAUCCAAGCCCUGCGCUGGCUAAAUGAAAACAUCGGCUACUUUGGAGGAGAUCCGGAGAGAAUCACCAUCUUUGGCUCCGGGGCCGGUGCGGCCUGUGUGAACCUUCUCAUUCUCUCCCACCACUCUGAGGGACUUUUCCAGAGGGCUAUCGCUCAGAGCGGCUCAGCUAUCUCCAGCUGGUCGGUCAACUACAGACCACUGAUGUACACAAAGAUCCUGGCCAGAAAGGUGGGCUGCACCCUAAACGACAUGGCUGAGUUGGUAGACUGUCUGCGGAGAAAGAGUUUUCGGGAGCUGGUAGACCAAGACAUCCAGCCUGCACGCUACCACAUUGCCUUUGGGCCUGUUGUGGAUGGGGACGUGGUGCCAGAUGACCCAGAGAUCCUCAUGCAACAGGGUGAAUUCCUCAACUAUGACAUAUUGCUGGGUGUUAAUCAAGGCGAAGGUCUGAAGUUUGUGGAUGACAGUGAGGGCGAAGACGGCAUAUCGGCAGCAUCAUUUGACUACACCAUCUCCAACUUUGUCGACAAUCUGUACGGAUACCCUGAUGGUAAAGAUAUCCUGAGGGAAACCAUUAAAUUUAUGUACACUGACUGGGCUGACAGGGACAACAGUGACAUGCGUAGGAAGACCCUACUGGCUCUCUUUACAGACCAUCAGUGGGUAGCCCCAGCUGUCGCCACCGCGAAGCUGCACGCUGAGUUUCAGUCGCCUGUGUACUUUUAUACCUUCCACCACCACUGUCAGACCGAGGCGAGGCCCGACUGGGCCGAUGCAGCCCAUGGAGACGAGAUCCCCUAUGUGUUUGGGAUUCCCAUGGUUGGAGCUACUGACCUAUUUCCCUGUAACUUCUCAAAGAACGAUGUUAUGCUCAGUGCUGUUGUAAUGACAUAUUGGACUAACUUUGCCAAAACGGGGGAUCCGAACCUGCCUGUUCCUCAGGACACAACCUUCAUCCACACCAAGCCAAACCGCUUUGAAGAGGUCAUUUGGACAAAGUUCAGCUCCAAAGACAAGCAUUAUUUGCAUAUUGGCCUGAAGCCUCGUGUCAGAGACAACUACAGGGCCAACAAGGUGGCCUUCUGGCUGGAGCUGGUGCCACAUCUUCACAGCCUCCAUGAGGAAAUCAUUGGUUCGAUCACCACGCGAUUGCCACCCAGAGGCACCAAACACAACAAAGACCAUCAAAGGCCCGACACCCGCUCCACACGGCACCCCAUAACCUCCACCUACCCCCCAGAUCCAGACCCCGACAGCUCCGAGAGACCCCGCUACCCUCCCUUCCCCAUGGAGACUAGGGACUAUUCCACGGAGCUGAGCGUGACGGUAGCCGUGGGCGCCUCGCUUCUUUUCCUUAACGUUCUGGCGUUCGCUGCGCUUUAUUACAAACGGGACAAGCGACACGAACUCAUGCAGAGACGCCACCGCCGACUCUCGCCGCAGCGGGGCACCACGUUGGGCAUGGGCGUUGGCAUGGGAGUGGUGGGCGCGCCGCCGCACAACGACCUGGCUCUGAGCCAAGAGGAGGAGCUCAUGUCGCUGCAGAUGAAGCAGCAGAGGGUGGAGUUGGAGCACGGCACGCCGCUGCCCUCCCGCGGAAUCCACGGCGACCUGGAGCCCCUGCGACCUCCGGUCUGCCCGCCCGACUACACGCUGGCCCUGCGGCGAGCACCGGAGGACGUGCCACUGAUGACGGCCAACACCAUUACCAUGAUCCCAAGCACCAUCAGCAGCAUGCAGACCCUCCACCCCUUCAACACGUACCCCCCUGUACCUGCCCCCACAACUACGCCCGUCCCCAGCCACAGCAACAAUGCCCUGCCACACCAACACUCAACCACCCGUGUAUAGGAGCAGACAUCCCCUCUGCUAACACACUCUGGGCUCCUAGCAACACAUCACACAAACUGUUACAUGCAUUACUUUCACCACCAUUUCCUUAAAUAUAAUCUUUGGCUGUCUUUAACAUAAAGCCUUCAUUAAAGCUGCAGUUUGUAAGGAACUGAAUAAGAAAAAAAAAUACCUUUAAAAAGUAACAAUAAUAAAUAGGAUAAUUCAAACCCGAUCAUUGUACAUACGCAUUGUUUUCCCCCAGUCGACUCUUCUUUAGUCUCUGGUGUAUGGGGUAAGGCACCAAAAACGCACAGCUUUAAAGCAUGUCGAUCUCGAAAAGCAGGUUCUGUUGAACUCACCACAGUUGUUUUUCCCCUGGCAUGGAUUAAGAAAAAAAACUAAGUUUAACAUGAAAUGCAAAUACAUUCAGUCAUUGUUAAUUGAGUGAAGAGAUAUUACAGUAGCAGGCGUCUCCGUUUGAGGCAGCGUACGCUCCAACGAGCUGUCUUUCAUAAAGCAUUGGUUUCUUGAAACUUACAAAUUGCAGCUUUAAAACCCCAAUCUGGAAAUGAAGCUGGGUAACAAAUGAUGGCACAACACAAAGUGUCUUCUUUUUUUUAGGCAUUUUUCCACAUAACGAGAUACGUUCUCUAAGCUAAAAGAACAGGAAUAAAUAUGAUGACGCGCGGCCCAUUUGAUGAGCGAUUGAAAGGCGUAGUUGAGCAAACGUUGUUGGAAGAAAUACAAGUGGGAGUGCGGAGCACACAGACGGACGCAUUCACUGGAUAUAAUAAUCGGACACACCUUUAAAUUCUUGUCUGAAUGCACUGAAAGCAGAAAGCAGAAAGCAAGCGUGAAGCUGAGCAAAUAGAACAGAUUGCAAGCUGUCCAGAGGACGGAUAAAUGAGGACGUCUUGUUUGUCAAACCAACCUUUUCAUUGCAGCGUCUACACAAUCUGGUACCGCACUGUAUAAAUUGAUUAUUUAUUUUUUAAAAGAGGCAAAUCUGUUUGUGUGUGAAAGCGGGAUGGACACUGGACAAAUACGCACGGUGAGAACAAAAAAAAGAGAUAAAAAAAAAAAGAAAUUGACAUUUUACAAUUUUCCUACCGUUUCCUAACUGCAAAUCAAACGAUAAAUUUGAAUACAUAUAUACAUAUAUGCACAAAUAUAAACAUAUAUAUUAGGGAUUUCUGAUAAUAAAAUAUCCACCACGAUAGAAUAAUUAUGUAUAAAUAUCGGCAGGAGUUCUUAUCUGUUUUUUUCCGCCGAUAAUGAAAACCCGAUAACGCAAUGCCUGGGUUUCGCACAGAUGA